ACUGAAUGGUUGCUAUUAUUGUCCGCCAAAUACAGCGAACACCAGAAGAGGAUUCACGAAGAGAUCGAUUCUGUGGUCGGAAGAGAUCGGAGUCCCUGUUAUGCCGACAGACUUCAUAUGCCGUUCACUCAGGCGUUCAUUAAUGAGUCGUUUCGAUACAAAACUAUAGUUCCCUUAAAUCUGUUGAGAAGAACAUUAGAGGACACAUCAGUUUUGGGUCAUUUCAUACCAAAAGACACUAUAAUUAUGGCUAACAUAUGGGCCGUUCAUAACGACCCCAAAAUAUGGCAUAAUCCGGAUCAGUUCAAUCCCAGUCGAUUCAUGUCAAGUGAUGGCAAAGAAGUGCUUAAAAACGAAGCUUUGAUUCCAUUCUCUUACGGUAAGCGUUCGUGUGUUGGGGAGACGUUAGCACGAGUGGAGGUAUUCCUGUAUUUCGCAUCACUUUUACAAAAAUACACAAUAAGUGCAGCAAAUGAUGAGGUGUUGACUCUGGAGGAGAGGUUUGGGAUAGCAUUAGAUCCUAAACACAAAUCUAUACUUCGGUUCAAAAAGAGGAUCUAAAUUAAUGCCAACAAUU